AUGAAGCUCAUCGAUUUCUUCGGCCCCAAAUCGCCUCCCACAGUCGGCGUCCUGGGAGGGGCGGUCCACUCGCUGCCGUUGAUGGACUCUUCGGCAUGCGUUUCUUCUCUGCACGAUCAUGAGAAGAAACCCAUUAGCGACCACCUGGGAGGCAAGUUCCACUCGCUGCAGUUGACGGACUCAUCGUCGUGCCUUUCUCAUCUGCACCAUCAGGAGAAGAACCACGACGAAGGGGCCAGAGAUGAUGUUUCAUCUGCAGUAGAGGUGGUGGCUAUCAACUUCUUCCCCCUCACGCCUGAUCCCAAGGGUUUCUCGGACGCGAAGGUACUGAAGAAAGAGGCCUCGGAAGGUGAAGAUGAGGAAGAGAGAUGCGGUGGCGUUUUGACAGAGUUGACGCUGCUCUGCGACCCUUAUAAGAUCAAGAAAAAGCUUACGAAGAGCAAUCUCGGCCACCUGUCGAGGCUCUUGAUACCGCGGGCGGGCGUUUUGAGCCACGUGCUCCCGUGCAUGAGCAAAGAGAGAGUGGAGCAAGUCGAGAGCGAGGGUGCCAAAGUGGUCGUGUGGGACGCGGACACGCGCUCCGAGCAUCGACUGGUGUUUGUUUACUGGAUAUCGUCGAAAUCGUAUGUGCUGAAGGGGGGUUGGAACAAGGUGUUCGUGCAGCGGAAGGGGUUGGCGGACGGCGAUGAGAUCGGGAUAUAUUGGGAUCCUAUUGUGAGCAGGUUCGUCUUCAGUCUUCUCCGCAAGGCGAAUUAG